AUGGCGCCUCCGGAAGAUCAAACCAACAGUAGCCAGGCCAAAGCAGGGUCCAACCACAUGGAGACCAGCCAAAGCAGUCUGGACACUCAAGAUCCGAGGCUUGUAACCAGGGGUCGGAAGGUGGAUUACCAAGACCAAAGGGAUCCAGAUUCACUAGAUCAAGAGCAGCUGCGGCAGCUCUCCCUCAGCCCCUUUUCCGAGUUCGUGCGACCCUCCCGUCCACGGUCUCGAAGCACCGUCUCGGGAUCCAGGCCCCGACAACCUGGUCCAUCCACAUGGACGGGACGGGUCGUAUCCGCCCUGCACAGCACAUGGCUAAGUCACCGGGCCGUCUUGCUGAUGCUCCUGGCCCAAUUCUUCGGUGUCUCAAUGAACAUGUGCGCGCGGAUCCUGGAGCACGAAGAGGAGGGAGCGAUGCACCCGACACAGCUGCUCUUCGUGCGAAUGUGCAUAACCGUCAUCUUCGCCAACCUGUACAUGUGGUGGGCCAAAACACCAGACGCCCCUUUCGGCAAGCCUGGCGUCAGGUGGCUGCUGUUGGCGCGCGGCGUGACGGGCUUCUUUGGAAUAUACGGCAUGUGGUAUUCCAUCAUGUAUCUACCUCUCGCCGAGGCCACCGUCAUCACGUUCCUGGUGCCGUGCGUAACUGGCUAUCUAUGUCACCUCGUGAUCCACGAGCCUUUUACCCGAAAGGAGCAGAUUGCGUCCUUCAUCGCCUUGAUCGGCGUCGUGCUCAUCGCCAGACCGGCUGCACUGCUGGGGCCUGUCGAGGACAGUUCGACAGCCGAAACGAGUGCAACUGGCGGAGGUUAUGGGGAGGAGGAUGAAAUCACACCUGCACAGCGUAUAGGUGCCAUUGCAGCCGCCCUAGUCGGCGUUAUAGGAACCGCGGGUGCCUUCUUGAGCAUCCGGCACAUCGGAACCCGCGCGCACCCUCUCGUGUCAGUCAACUACUUCUCCGUCUUUUGCACGGUAGUGUGUGCCACCGUGCUUAUCCUUGCGCCGAUCCUCAACAUCGGGCAGCCUGACCUGCACUUUGAGCUGCCACAAGGAGCAUGGCAGUGGUUCCUGCUGACCACGGUGUGCAUAUGCGGGUUCUUGACGCAGUUCCUACUCACUGCUAGCCUGGGCAGUGGAGAAAAGUCCAACAGGGCGACCGCCAUGGUCUACACGGGGAUGCUGUUUGCCUCCGCGUUCGACAAGUGGGUGUUUGGGAUCGAGAUGGGCGUGCUGAGUGUCGUGGGUUGCGGCCUGAUCAUAGGUAGCGCUAUGUGGGCCGCGCUGUCAAAGAAGGAGGCCAUCCCGGAGAACAGAGCAGAUGAUAUUGAGGCUGCACUCGUGUUGGAUGGCAGUGAUGCCGAGGUAGUCCAUCUGCUAGAUGAGGAUGAGCGGGCUGAUAGUGAGGACGAUGAGUAG